UAUUAGUAACUGAAAGAAAAAAUAAAUCUGUUUUACGUAUUUUCGUAAUUGAUAAUUGUACAAUCUCACCAUGUCGGUUUGUACUCGCCGGAUAAUUACCGGCGAAUUGUCGUCGCCGAUAGCAAGGUAUCAUAUUCCGGUAACAAAACUUCCAGCUGUCCGGUCACCGGAUUAUCUCUCUUCCACAUAUGUUCGUUAUUUCGUAAGCAAUACUCGCCGGCCGACCUCAAUCGUUAGCAGAUCAACGAGAACGAAAUUUUACGUAAUUGCGGCAGCGGAAUCGACCGGUGUAUUCCGCCGCCGCGGACUCGAUGGCGGAGAGAAUGGGAAAUGGAGGACGAGGAGGAGGUGUGCGGUGGGAGAUCAGGUUGUGGAGAUUAAUGAGAACCGGAAAAGUAGUAAUCGACGGGUGGAGGUGGCGGUUGCAGCGACGGCUACGGUGGUGCUAGGUGUAGGGAAUCGCGUGCUUUACAAGUUGGCGUUAGUGCCUUUGAAGAACUAUCCUUUCUUCUUGGCUCAACUCGCCACUUUCGGAUAUGUACUCGUAUACUUCUCUAUCUUAUACGUACGGUAUCAUACUGGCAAGGUUACUGAUGAAAUGCUUUCCCUUCCAAAAAUUCCAUAUGUUGCUGUUGGUCUAUUAGAGGCUCUUGCUGCUGCGUCUGGCAUGGCAGCUGGAGCUAUUCUUUCCGGGGCCACAAUUCCAAUACUCUCACAGAGCUUUCUUGUGUGGCAACUUCUCCUGUCUUUUAUUUUCCUUGGAAGAAGAUAUAGCCUCAACCAGUUGUUUGGGUGCUUUCUCGUGUCUGUUGGUGUUAUAGUAACUGUAGCAAGUGGAUCUAGUGCUGGAUCUUUGAUGGACGGUGGUGUAUUUUGGAGUCUUUUGAUGAUAGUUUCUUUUUUGUUACAAGCUGCGGAUACUGUCUUGAAGGAAGUAAUAUUCCUGGAUGCUGCUAAAAGGCUGAAGGGAGGUACUGUUGAUCUGUUUGUUGUGAACUCGUUUGGAUCGGCUUACCAGGCAGUUUUUAUAUGCCUUCUCCUCCCAUUUUUGUCGAAGUUAUGGGGUGUUCCAUUUACUCAACUGCCAAACUAUCUUAGAGAUGGUGCUGCAUGCUUUUUGAACAUCGGCACAUUAUCCAGUGGGUGUGCUGGUGCACCUCUUCUACCGCUGCUGUUUAUCAUUGUCAACAUGGGUUACAAUAUAUCAUUGUUACAUCUGCUUAAGAUUUCCUCUGCUGUGCUAUCUUGUCUCGCGUCUACAGUUUCAGUACCAAUAUCAGUCUUUUUAUUCACAUUACCAUUACCAUAUCUUGGCGUUGCGUCCUCCCUCCCACCCGGUUUCAUUUCAGGAGCCAUCAUCCUCGUCAUAGGAAUGCUUGUCUAUACUUGGAGGCCAUCAAGUCGCCUAAAAAAUCAGGAAGUUGAUUGCCACUGUUAACU